AUGACCACAAUUACAGCACAAAUCCCGCUUGAAUAUUCACCGGAUCAACAAGAUUCCGAUCAUCGAAAAGAGCAAAUUCCGCCAACGGCUUUCCAUAUAAUUGGAGCAGGUUCACAAGCAAUUGUUGUAGCUGGUGUCUUUCGGAAAGAUGGAGAAAGGGGAAAAGGUGAAAAAGUGGCGAUGAAAAGCCAAAUAAACGCUCAAUUGGAUCAUACUCGAUUUGUUCCUACUCCACGAAUCUAUCAACCUUUGGAAGUGAUUCUUGAGAGAAAAUACGAUUGUGGAGUUGAUAUUUGGGCGAUGGGUCUUGUCGGAAUGGAAAUGCUUGGAUGUAAAUUGAUGAAGCCACCAUUAGUUGAUGGGCCUCCCACUGAAUUAGUCAAACAACGAAUUCUCGAUGUGAUCGGACUUCCAAAUACGAAGUAUCAAGACAUCUUUCAAAAUUGUUUAUCAUUGGAAAGGCCGAGACCGGGAAGAUUGGAGGCAGAAAUUGAUACGGCACUUGAUCGAAUGGAAUCCGAUAGAAAUUCAAGUCUAACAAAAGCAAACCUAAAAGAUCUCUUGCUCAAACUCCUUGAUGUGAACCCGCAAUCAAGACCGAGAGCAUAUGAAUGCUUGGAACAUCCAUAUCUUCUAAAAAUGAAUGUAAGUUUG